UAAUUUUGUUGUAUGAUUUUGUACAAAAACUUGUGUAUCAUGUAUGUGAUGUGACGUUAUGUGAUGUGAUACCUAUGUAUUUUGUAUUUAUUUUUUUAACAUCUCUUUGUGACAUGCGCCUUAAAAAUUAGGGCAUGUGGCCUAAAAAAUUAGAAAUCUCGACGUACGAAAUUCGAGUCUCGUCAAUCUUUAGUUCGUUUGCUUUAUUUUCUUUACAUUUUAUUUUCACGAAUGACAAAUUUCGUGAUAAGUAGGUGGGAUAUAUUAAAAAAUAAGUUGUGCUCAGAUGCCGUCGCUCAAAUGCCUCCAAAGCAGGAAAGAAAUCGCUCCCGAUUUAAGGUGAUAACACCCUUUCGAUCGCUGGUCCUUUGCGGUGAAAACAGACAAGACAUGGAGGACUGGAUAGGAGCUUUAAAAGGUGGAGCAGAAACUCCCCAGGAUGCAGGAACAGCAGAACUUCUAGGAGGAAAUCAUCAGUGGUACGCGACAAGUCAUGCCAGGCCAACUUAUUGCAACGUCUGUCGAGAUGCCUUAUACGGGGUUACUUCGCACGGUUUGAGCUGCGAGGUGUGUAAAUAUAAGGUUCACAAGAGGUGUAGCGCGAAAGCAAUAAAUAACUGUAAGUGGACGACAUUAGCAUCGAUCGGGAAAGACAUCAUCGAGGAUAAAGAUGGAAUUAUUUCGAUGCCCCAUCAGUGGAUGGAAGGUAACUUGCCAGUAUCCUCGAAAUGUACCAUAUGUGACAAAACGUGUGGUUCAGUUUUAAGACUGCAAGACUGGAGAUGUUUAUGGUGUAGAGCCACUGUCCACACAGCAUGUAGACCUGCCAUGUCUGAUAGAUGUCCCUUAGGACCAGGAAAACUUAGUGUGGUGCCUCCCACUGCAUUGCAUAGCAUAGAGGGCAUAUUUGUUUACGAACCAGGUAGCGACGAAGCCUGGGAAGCGGUAAGGCCAAUAGGAUGCAGUCCACUUUUGGUAUUCGUUAACAGCAAAUCUGGUGACAAUCAGGGCAUUAAAUUCCUCAGGAGGUUCAAACAGUUGCUGAAUCCUGCCCAAGUUUUCGAUCUCAUCCAAGGAGGUCCUGGUCCGGGGCUGAGACUUUUUCGACAUUUCGACCCAUUCCGGAUUUUGGUAUGCAGUGGAGAUGGGUCAGUCGGUUGGGUUCUUUCAGAGAUUGAUCGGUUAGGAAUGCACAAGCAAUGCCAAGUUGGAGUGCUGCCUUUGGGGACAGGAAAUGAUCUGGCACGAGUUUUAGGAUGGGGAGCAUCUUGCGAUGACGACACACACUUGCCACAACUUUUAGAGAAAUAUGAAAAGGCUGGAACAAAAAUGCUGGAUCGUUGGAGUGUUAUGGCUUUUGAAAGAACCAUAUCUCUGCCUUGCCGAAAAUCAUCCAUGAGCCAAGAUAAUUCUCCUUUGAAUUCUUCUUUAGUGCAAGAAUACGAGGAAAUUAUUAUUACACAUAUUGCCAAUAUCCUGCAAGCCAACCAGGAGAGUGUAAUUAUAGCUAAUGCGAAAAUAUUGUGUGAGACAGUGAAGGAUUUUACGACGCGUGUUAUCGAUAUUAGUUUCAAUUCAGGGGACCAACAAUUAGCAGAAAAAUGUGAUAUUGUCCAGCAGAAGUUGAACUCGUUGAUUAAAGUUUUUCAAUAUGAAGAUAAUAGUUAUCUGGAUACUGACGACGAGGCAGAUUUUAACAGCUUCCGAUCUGAAAACAUUCCAUCUCCGGAUCACCAAGAGAAAGGUGUUUUAGAAAAAACAGAAAAGGACAUAACUAAUCAGAAACGGGUCCGUAAAAGAAAAGAUUUUAUGGACAAGGAUGUUUUAUUUUCUAGGGCGAAUAGUUUGAAAAGGGCUAUUCGGAAUUUCGCGGAAUUCACAGAGCUUGCUAAUGAGGAACAGAACAGAAAACGCAACCUAAUGAAUUUCGAUAAGAAGUCGCAAUUGGAUCUUCCUUUGGUGGCGACUGUUCAUUCACUUCACAGCAGUACAGAUUCUUCCUUGUGUUCUAGUCCAACUCCUAAUUUAGCCUCUCUCAGUCCAAUGCCAGAUUUGAGAAGAGAUUCUCAACCCGACGAAAUGCUAACUUUGCCUGCUCCCGAUGGCUUUGCUGAUAGCAGAAGAAACAGUUCUAAUAUGCAUCCAGUAGCCUUCAGUUUCGAAGCUCCAGUCAUGGAAAAAGCCUUAAAAAAAUUAAAGCUAGAAGAGGAGGAGAAAUUGAUGAAUGGCGAGCAACCAGCUACAGAAGAGGUUCAGGUUGAAACUCAGUCCGAUAUUCAAGUUACAGUAACGCCCACAAGUUUAGAUACGAGUUCUCCAACUGAUGAUACAACUAUUCAGGACGCGAUGAUUUCUCCUGAUUCGGAUUCCAUAGACUCUAGAAAUGCUUCUCCAGACAAUAUGAACAGAGUACAAAAUGAUACAAAGAUCGAUCCUGUGAAGGGCAGUUGCAGCGACAGUAUAGUCAGUUCAGAAAGUUUGGUUUCGGAUACACUCGACUCGAAAAGCUUCACUGUUAAAAAUAGCGAGAGUGAGAUCGGCUUUUCAGGCAAUCUAGACAGCGACAUUCUGGAUUCAACGAAGCAAUCCGACAUUUCCGAAUUCGGACACAUAGAUUCUCCCGAAAAUUCGGAAACGUGCGAGAGUCAAUCGGAAAGUAUAAUCGACGAUUUUAGUUCCUUGGGUCAAGAUUUGCUGAGCACAAUGCUCGGAGAGAAAUACGAUUCGGUGAGAGAGUGUCUCGAGUCGGAGAAUGCAGAAAAGCCGAGGAAAUAUUGCAGUCUCGCGCAAUUUGUGGAGGGAAGUGACAUCGCGAGAAGAUCAAUCAAAAGACCUGCCAGAAAUGUGAGAGUCGAUCGGGAAACUUUGCUCAAGGCGAAAAGUAUGGGACUUCCGUCAAAUUCAAUGAUGUUUAAUUCGAAUGAGAAUAAUGACAAGGGCAAGAAGGAGAAGGGAAGGGCAGAAGGAGAGAAAAUUUCCAAUUUGCUAAGUCCUGUAUGCUGUUUUACGGUUUCCUCGGAAAUGAAUGCAACGAACGAUCCUGUGCAAAAUUUUCCACCGACUAUUAGCGUUAUUGUUGACCCGCCAAGUCCUUCAGGCUCGAAUGGAAGUCCGUAUGAAAAUGAGGGCUGUAAACUCAGUUCGCAUAUGAGCAGAUGCAGCGGAAGUAUGGAGAAAUUAAGUGUCGAACUACCAGAUUAUGGAUGUUCGCCGCAAGCAACGCGACGAAUAAGCAGCGGGAGUUUAUUGAAACCAUCUGAAGUUGUUUCUUUGGCAGCUUCGGCUGCACGAUUUGGAGGAUCGAAUAUGAGUCUUCGACAUGAAAGAGCAAAAUCCGUCGAUAAAACGGAAGAAAUAAAGAAGCUGCCAAUAAUUAAUCCUCUGGUCCAGUUGCCUAUGUGGCCAAGUAAGCAGAAUAAUUUAGAUGUUAGUGGAGGUGCUGGUUUAAUAAGUCAGGCACUUCUGGCAAACGCAGACGCUCUUUGUGCCGCAGUUUCUCCUCUGAUGGACCCAGAUGAAACUCUGAUGGAAGGAUAUUUCGAACGCUGCGUUAUGAACAACUACUUCGGAAUUGGAAUAGACGCUAAAAUUAGUCUUGACUUUCACCACAAACGAGAAGAACAUCCAGAAAAGUGUCGAUCACGUGCAAAAAAUUAUAUGUGGUAUGGAGUUUUGGGUUCUAAACAGUGGCUGCAAAAGACCUACAAAAAUCUGGAUCAAAGAGUUCAGUUGGAGUGUGAUGGUCAGAGAAUUCCAUUGCCUUCCUUGCAAGGAAUUGUAGUUUUGAACAUUCCAAGUUUUAUGGGCGGCACAAAUUUCUGGGGAGGAACAAAAGAGGGAGAUUUGUUCCUGGCGCCUUCUUUUGACGAUCGAAUUUUGGAGGUGGUUGCUGUAUUUGGAUCUGUUCAAAUGGCUGCCUCUAGAUUAAUUAAUCUGCAACAUCACAGGAUAGCGCAAUGUCACAGUGUUCAAAUUAACAUCUUGGGAGAUGAGGGAGUUCCAAUUCAGGUCGAUGGAGAAGCUUGGGUACAACCCCCCGGAAUUAUAAGGAUCAUUCACAAGAAUAGAAUGCAAAUGCUCUACAGAAAUCGGGCACUUGAAACUUCACUUCGAGCCUGGGAAGAAAAGCAACAAAAAGUAUCAGCAAUCUCUCAAUCGUCAUCAACAUUGAGCAGCGCUUCGCAGAGCCAAUCAAGAUCUCAACUGCAAUUGGAUGGAAGACAAUUGCUCUUAACUGACGAAGAAUUGAACAUCUUGCUCGGAUUUAUCGAAGUUGUGACGACUUUAGUAAAAUGGGUGAAACUCCUCAUAAUUUCUCACCCAAGUUUGGAACCGGAACUUUACCAAAUAGCUGGGAGGACAGCAGUCGCCCUCGAAAAAGUUCAUCCAGAUGGCAAAAUUUUACAAGGGCUGAAUUUGAGACCAGUUGUUACGGAAUUGGUAUCCACUGCCAGACAAUUGUAUGAAGAGUCUUGCGAAUUGUUGAGAGAUAAAGCACAACAUCUGAGAUUAAGAGAAGACCUCGAGAAUAAAUUAUCGCUUUCCCUCGCCACAAUGGAACAGGAACUCAGAAAAUGUAUUUUCGACGAGGGCGGCACUUGUCUCGUUUACCUACAAAACUUACCACCCGACGAACAGGGUGAUAAAAAGAAUCGUCAUCGCGGAUUAUUCUGGUUAAAGUUCCGGCGUUCCGGAGGAAGUUCAGGAAAUCAUCCAGCCAGAGAACAAGUAACUCAUUGGGGAGUUCCGGAAGUUUGUUGUUGGUUGGAGAAUCUACAACUAGGCGAGUAUUCUGAUAAUUUCGUCUCGCACGAUAUUCGAGGGAGGGAAUUACUUUCCCUAGCCAGGAGAGAUUUGAAGGAGCUAGGAAUUACGAAAGUUGGCCACGUGAAGCGAAUUCUGCAGGCGAUCAAUGAUCUUAACAGUUAAUCCUGCUCCUCGUACGCACAAAAUGUCGCCGACAAUUGACGAAAAAAGCCGUGCGUUCAAGGGUGUGUUCAAAUCUCGAAAACGUGUAUUACUGAAGUACCUUUCUAGAAUCGGACAGGGUGGCCGUAGGUCAGGGAAAACCUAGAAAUCGGAGAAUCAUUUUGGUCAGAGAAAGUCAGGGAUUUAAAAAAAUAUAUUGCAAAAUUGAAGGAUAAUCAGGGCUGCCACUUUAGUCACUUUUUUUUUAAUGAAAAGAUCACUUUUCUUUUAAUAAAUGAACCAAGAAAGCAUAAAAUUACAAAAAAAGUCGCGUUAAAUGACUUUAAUAUAAAACUCUCUUUCGUUUCAAAAUAUAGAGUAUAUAAUUCUUAUAAAUUUUCAAAUGCACUUUACAUAAACAUUAUAAACUUUAAAUGUAAAACCAUUUUUUUAAAUAGUCAUUCAGAUUGAAGGAUAAUAUUUCUUUCGACACUCUUUA